GGAGUGAGAGGGGGAGAGACAGAGAGGGAGAUAGAAAGAAAGAGGAGCUCCGUCCGGACGCCAAUCCCCAACCAACAGGACACCUCCUACUAUUACUAUCGCAGGCAGCUCUCUUAUGCGUCCACAGCGAGCCUUAUUUAUCCUCGACAUCGGAAAGUAAACCGCACUUUUUGACCCCCCUCUCCUUGUUUUAUUUUGCGAACCUGUUUCGGCUGUCCGCAUAUCGUCUCCACAUCGCCUCGAUAGCAAGAUCUCACUGUCGGUUGUUAUUAUUUUCUCUCUCUCCCUCUCUCUCUCCCUCUCUCUCUCUCUCAGUCAGUCUCUGCCGGUAGUCAGCUCUAGCUAAACCCGACGUUGAGCUAUUUUCGUGCACGUUGGUCCCUUCGUGAACGUACACAACGAGGGUUUAUUGGGUCUCGGCGGCGGUUAUUAUCAUUACACCAGUGUCCGAGGUGCUGUGGUUCAUACUGGCGACGGCUAACUGUACUGUACGGCUGCCUGCCUGCCGAUGAAGCGAUUUGGAUGUUGUGGUGCGAACUAAAGCAGAAGUCGCCUUCACUUGUAACCGAUGGACGCGGCUAACCGCUCACUUUGUGCUAAAUGUCGCCGGUUCUAACGGUUUCGGUUGCCGUUUUUUUCCUCCAGUUGGACGGAAUUAGCUAACGUUAGGGCUGCUACACACACACACACACACACACACACACAUAUCACCGCUUACCAAUGUUCGCCUAUCACAGUCCAUCUCGACCUCGUCGUCUCUCACACAGACCCGGGUUGUUGUUUUUUCGCACCGCCUGCCAGUCAUCUGCGAAGAAGAGCAGGAGAAAGCGUCUGUUUAAACACUGAUUUAUUUUUUUUAUCUUUUUAUUAAUUUUUUUAAAAAAACAAACAAAAUAUAUAACCGUUUGCUGUCAUGCACACGUAGAGAGAGAGAGAGAGAGAGAGGGAGAUAACAAGAUAGUUGUUUUGCUGUUUCUUUUUUUUUUUCUUCCUUUUUCUUUUCUAUCCUGGCCAAACUUGAAGAAGACGCGUUUUUCAGGCGGUGUUAUAUGCUCCCCGGUGCUGAAGUGCUGCGUUUCAGGUGAUAGUGAGCAGAGGUGCUGAGAAUGAUGGACCAUCUCAGCGAGGCGUGUUUAGGCAAGGAGAACUCUGAGCUGGUCAACAGCAUGGGAGAGGCCAAGGCCCCGCCGGCCAAGCUGCCCCGGCUGGAGCAGAACGGCAGCCCCCUGGGCCGGUCCAGGCUGGGCAGCACCGGGGCCAAACUAGCCGGGGUCCCCUACAAACCCACCAGCCACCUGCUGAAGACCUGUCACAAGAGAGGCAACAUGCUGCCUGUGUUCUGUGUGGUCGAGCACUACGAGAAUCCAAUGGAUUUUGACAGCAAGGAGGAGCACGCCGAGUUCGUCCUGGUGCGUAAGGACAUGCUCUUCAACCAGCUAAUCGAGAUGGCCCUGCUAUCACUGGGCUACUCCCACAGCUCAGCGGCCCAAGCCAAAGGUAUGAUUCAGGUGGGGAAGUGGAACCCUGUCCCCCUGUCAUACGUGACAGACGCACCGGAUGCGACAGUGGCUGACAUGCUGCAGGACGUCUACCACGUGGUCACGCUUAAGAUCCAGCUGCACAGUUGUCCUAAGCUGGAGGACCUGCCGCCCGAGCAAUGGAGCCACUCUACAAGUAUGAUUUCCUCCAUUGUGAACAGCACUUACUAUGCAAAUGUGUCGGCGGCGAAGUGUCAGGAAUUUGGGCGCUGGUAUAAACAUUUCAAGAAGACAAAAGAUAUGAUGGGCAUGCGCCAACCCUCCCAGCUGGAGGGCUACCUGGGGACGUGUGUCCUCCGUGAGAGCCCGCGUGCCAAUGCACUAGAAAUGGAUGGCCUGUCCGACCUCUCUCCACCCGGCUCUAACCACAACCACAAUCACAACCACCUGGGCUUCUCCCAGCAGCAGCAGCCCAUCCCCGGCAGCACAGCAGAGCAGACUCCUUCCUCGCCGGUGCCCCCUCUGUCUCAUGCACCACCACCACACAGUGGCCAGACUGGCGGCCGACAGCCCCAGCUUCCCAGUCUGCACCACCCAGGCCUGGUGUCCACGCCCAUCAGCCCCCAGCUGGUCAACCAGCAGCUUGUGAUGGCACAGAUCCUCAACCAGCAGUAUGCAGUGAACCGGCUGCUGGCGCAGCAGUCCCUGUCGCAGCAGUACCUCAACCACCCACCUGUCAGCCGCAACUCCCACACCAAGCCCCUGGAGCCACAGGUGGCAUCAAACACAGAGGUGUCCUCUGAGAUUUACCAGUGGGUGAGGGAUGAGCUGAAGCGGGCCGGCAUCUCACAGGCCGUCUUUGCCCGUGUGGCCUUCAACAGAACCCAGGGCUUGCUGUCUGAGAUUCUACGCAAGGAGGAAGACCCUAAAACAGCAUCCCAGUCACUGCUGGUCAACCUGCGCGCCAUGCAGAACUUCCUGCAGCUGCCGGAGGCUGAGCGCGAUCGCAUCUAUCAGGAAGAGAGGGAGCGCAGCCUGACGGCAGCCUCAGCAAUGGGCGCCGCCCCACUCAUCAGCACUCCACCCAGCCGACCUGUACAGCCCCGGAGGGAAGACUGUAACAGCGUGAGGCCCGAGGACUGGAAUCCCCGAAUCCCCGUGGGCAUUUCCCCUGUGAAACCGUCACCUCUGCCCAGCGAGUGGAACGGCAAAACAGAGAGCUGCAUCCUCAACAUCAACUCCACCAUCUACGAUGAGAUCCAGCAGGAGAUGAAGAGGGCCAAAGUUUCCCAGGCCCUGUUCGCAAAGGUUGCUGCCUCCAAGAGCCAGGGCUGGCUCUGUGAGCUGCUGCGUUGGAAAGAGGAUCCCUCUCCAGAGAACCGGACGCUCUGGGAGAACCUCUCCAUGAUCCGCCGCUUCUUGAGCCUCUCCCAGGUGGAACGCGACUCCAUCUACGAGCAGGAGAGCAGCGCCGGGCAGCAACACCACAACGAGCGGCCGUCGCACUUGAUGCACAUCUCCACUGACCAGCUACAGGCACAGCCACCCCAGUCACAGCAGCAGCACCAGCCCUCCCUGUCCCUUCAGCACCCCUCCCAACCCCUUUUGUCCCAGCAGCCCUUGCAGCAACAGCAGCCCACCACCGGCCCCCGGUUGCCGCCUCGCCAGCCCUCCACCGCCUCUCCAGCCGAGACGGAGGACGAGGGCAGCCGCGGAGGGAGCAUCAAGUCCCGCACCUGUGGAGGGAAGAUCUCCCUGGAGGCUCUGGGCAUCCUGCAGAGCUUCAUCCAGGAUGUAGGCCUGUACCCCGACGAGGAAGCCAUCCACACCCUGUCGGCCCAGCUGGACCUGCCCAAGCUCACCAUCAUCAAGUUCUUCCAGAACCAGCGCUUUUAUGUCAAUCACCCAGCCAAGGCGCUCAAGGAGCCCAAUAACAACAACAACAACAACAACACCGCAGCCACCACAAACACCAACACCAGCAGCAGCUCGGCCUUUGAAGAGGAGCUGACGGACUUCAGGGAGAGCGGAGAGCUGCUGAAGGAGCUGGACGAGAGCACGCAGACCAACAGCACCAUCUUCUCGAUCAAGAUCGAAGAGCAGCUGGGCCGAGGUACCGAGGCCCAGUCAGAGUUAGAACACGAGGCCAAGGAGUAGGACUCUCCCCAUCUGAACAUAUUGAGAGUUUUGUUGUGCACACACACAAACUGAUGACUGUGCUAAAUCUAACGCUCCGGCCGACACAGAACCACCACACCGCAAAUAAAGAAAAGUAGUGUUUUUAAUCAGUACAGCGCCUGGACUAUAUGAGGAGUGUUUUUUAUAUAUAUAUAUAUAUAUAUAUAUAUAUAUAUAUAUAUAUAUAUAUAUAUAUAUAGCACUGACAGGCUAUGUGAAGUGAGUGUUCACACACUGGAAAGCCCAUUUCAGACUCAAGUACUACUUUUUGGAUUUUGUAAAACUUGUAUUAUUCACUGUAAAGACUGAUGUAUCAUUUAAAUAAUCUGCACAAAAAAUUAUUCUAAGUAUGUUGACGUGGAUAUUUGCUGACUGCACUCUGUCUGUUGUUUUACACUGACUUACUUUAUCUUUUUGAGCUACUGAUUAUAUUUAAAAAGAAAAAAGUUCCCCUGGAGUUUGCUAGGACUUUGAUAGGUGUUUACGUAUGUGAUGUUUAACUGGAUUUAAAAAAAAAAAAAUAAACAAAUGAAAUCAAGGACCAAGUGGUAGACAAGGCCUUAAUCAUGAGGUAUGAAGUCUGGAGCCUGCUGGCAGAUUAGUUAUUCUUUUAAAAAGCGCAUAAUGUGAUUAUGGAUCACUCCAAACUCUGGAACCGCGAUCACCCAGCCCAGGUGAAUCUCCGAGAAUAGCUCAGUCUUUACGUAUUAUUUGUUAGGGAGGAAAUAUAAAUAUAUAUAUAGACAUUAUAUUGUAACUGUAAAAAAAAAUACAGUCUUAAAGAAACUAUGCCAACAAAUGCCUUGUACUAUACGGCACUGCCGAUGUUAGAUUAUUUUGCAAAACCUUUGUCACUGUAACUUUCUGAAUUGCCACACAGUUAGAAAUGUGAAUUACACCAUGUUUAUGUUGUCCGACAAUUAUUUAUUUGCAGUUCAUGCAGUGUUUCUGAUGUAAUUACUUUUUUUGUUAAAGUUUGUUACGUAGAGCUUUUUUAAAAUUCCACCGAUCUUUUUUUCUAUUUAUAAAUGUAAUUUCGAUGGGCAGUAAAAACAAAAAGUGUCUUAAACGUUUUAAAUGGAGAAAUGUGCUUUAAAGGUUGCCUAUAAAAAGUGCUGUAUGUCAACCAACUCAUGCUACAAGCUUCACAAUUAAUGUUGUAUGCAAUUUUUACUAUCAUGCAAAUAAGCUUAGGUAAAAUGACUAACCUAUAGAACACCUUAGAAAGAAAAACAUAUGCAAUCUGUGUGAAAAUCGAUGUCUGCGAUGUGUCUUCCUUUGGUUAACAAUCCAAUUCAAAAAGCUAUUCCUGUAUAAAUAUUCUGUAUAAAGUGUUUCUUUUUUAUGAGUUUAUUUCAAUGAGAACACCAGUUAUUUUGUUACGACUGACUGUUUUAUAAGUGUUUCUUGGUUCCUUUCAGCAGAAAUGUUCUAACUAGAAGUGGUUAUUGAUUGUUAAUUACACAAUUAAACUGUUUGUAUUGUACCACAGAUUUCUUGGUAUUAACUUGACCAGAGUCUUUUGGCACCAGAGUGGGAUUUUCUCCUCUGCAAACGAAAGAUGAAACAAUGUGAAUUGUUUUUAAAUCUACUGCUAAGCGAUAUCAACUCCAGUGACUGACUCAUUCAGCUGCAGUCACUGAACACAUUAUUUGUAAUAACUGUAAAUAUCACAUCUUAUGAAUCAUUGAUUGUUUAUUAUUGUAAAUAUAUUUGAAGUUUGUGCAAGAGCUCACCGUACAAAAUUGAAAUCAACGUUCUGUCGUGCCUCUUCCUCUCAAACCGACUGUACCUGGGCUCUUCUACUGCUGAGUGUAUCUGAAGCACCUGUGAAAACUGAAAUAAAUAAAUGUUAGGUGUGAACACCUGUAAUAGCAAAGCCCUCUGCAGGGAGUUAAGGUAUAAAACAGCACAGGUGUCCUGACCUUGCCGUGAACCCCAGGUGAGGCCAGGUGUCUGCACCUUUAGGAAAUUACCCUCACCUGUUAACACCCUGCGAUAUGUGCCAGCCAGUCUGGGCCGGCGUUCCCUUGAUGUUCUGCUCUUUUUUUCAUGAAUAAAAAGCCAGAGUGUAA